AGCGCUGCUGUGCAACUUGAUCCUGCCGGGCUCUGCGGCGCUGCGUCCUGCGUCCUGCCACGCCGCGCCAUAUGGGGAGCGGAUAGAUCCACAGCAGGUCCUCACCGCCGGGACAUCCACAGGGGCAUGAUCAGGAGACAGGGUGCACCGCCUUCCUCCCUGGGCUGGACGCAUGAGGCACGCCAGCAGCUCCUGACAAAGCAGAGUGGGACGGAGAGAUGAGGGUGACGGGAAGCGCUGCCGGAGCUCACUGCGGUCUGCGUCAAACCUCCAGCAGAUGAUGAUGAGGAUGGUGAAGAUGAUGAUGAUGAUGAUGCCCUCUGUGGAUCCGAGAGGACUUUUCGGGUGCAUCCUGGCCGUGUGAACGCCCACUGCUGAGGGGAGUCCAUGUUAGUAUCUCGGGGUAAACACGCAGCGGGGGACAGCGGUGGUCAUCCCGUCUCCAGCAGCAUCUGCGUUGUGAGGAGGAAGUCGUCCUGUGGGAGCAUGCAGACAUAGGAAAACACUCCAUCUGCCGUUUCUUCACUCAAACCACACACAGCCACAUCCGGAUCAUUGGAUUUUGUUGUUUCACACCCCCCCCAACAUGAACUCGCUGUUUUUCUCAGAGGCGCCCCCGGGUCCCGCGACCAGCGCCCUGCGUAACGACCUGGGCUCCAACAUCCACGUGCUGAAGACCCUCAACCUGCGCUUCCGAUGCUUCCUGGCCAAAGUGCACGAGCUGGAGAGGAGGAACAAGCUGCUGGAGGGCCAGCUGCAGCAAGCCCUGCAGAAGACGCAGUACCGCCACCUGUACGCCCGGGAGGUGGCCGUGCAGACCGACGGCCCGGAGUCCCGGCUGCCCGGCACCAUCUGGAGCUUCACGCACGUCCGGAGGCAAGGGGAGCGCGUGGAGACCGUGCACGGGCCCGGCGUGACGUGGACGCACCCGGACGGGGUCGGGGUGCAGAUAGACACCAUCACCCCAGAAGUGAGGGCUCUGUACAACGUCCUGGCCAAAGUGAAGAGGGAGAGGGACGAGUACCGGAGAAAAUGGGAGGAAGAGCUGUCCAAACGAAAGCAGCUGGAGUCCACGGUGGAAACCCUGCAGCAGAGCGCCCAGGAGUCAGCGGAGAUCCGAGGCGAGCUGAGCGAGAAGGUGGACAGACUGAAGGCCGAGCUGGUGGUCUUCAAGAGCCUGAUGAGCGACCAAAUGACGGACCUGGACUCCAAGAUCCAGGAGAAAGCCAGACGGGUGGACAUGGACAUCUGCCGGCGCAUCGACAUCACGGCCAAACUGUGCGACGUGGCCCAGCAGCGCAACUCAGAGGACAUGUCCAAGAUGUUCAACGUCAGCCCGGUCAGAUCGCUGUCAGAGAAGGGGCCUGCACAGGGCGCUGUGGCCUGCUGCAGGAAGAAGGAGCGUAAAGUGGCGUCUGAUGAGGAGAACUCAGAGAUGGAUGCUGAGACGAGUCUUUCAGAGGAGGAAGUCCCCGGAUCGCUCAACAUCACAGACGAGAUGAAACGCAUGCUCAACCAGCUACAUUGUUCAGAUAACCCCUUUGUUGCCAGGCGCGAGACGUUCGAAAUCGACGACGACUGCGACAGCCUGACGUGGGAGGAGAACGAGGAGACGCUGCUGCUGUGGGAGGACUUCACCAACUACAACGUGCCGUUCAGCAUCGCCGCCGCCUCCACCUGCGCGGCCGCCUGCCCCGCCGAGGCCAACGGCGAGGCCCAGGACCCGGACUCCCAGGAUGGAAGUCUUGGCAGCCUCAUCGAUGAAACAGAGUCACUAUUUAAGACCAGAGAGCAGGAGUACCAGGAGACCAUCGGACAGAUCGAGAUGGAGCUGGCCACGGCGAAGAGCGACAUGAACCGCCACCUGCACGAGUACAUGGAGAUGUGCAGCAUGAAGAGAGGCCUGGACGUGCAGAUGGAGACCUGCCGCAGGAUGAUCAAGGGCGGCAGGAACUCCCCGUCCUUCAGCUCGGUGGCCAGCAGCGACUCAGGGAACACGGACGAGAUCCAGGACGAGAUCUCGGACAAAGAGGUCGAAGUCCCCGUCAGCUGAUGGCCGCACGGCCGGGCCCCCGGCCCGCCUCCCCUCGUCCCCCUCCGGUCACCGCAGGGUUUCAUUCCCUGCCUUUAGGAGAAAAAAAAAAAAAACAAACACAAAAAAAGGUGGACCAACUUCAAGCUGGGCCUGGUUGAGCUCAUGCAGUGCUGUUGGGCCCAGAACCGGUGCUUUUAUACACUUCCAGUUGUUUAGAAGGUGGAGGGAGGGCGUCUCUGCUUCACAAAGAGGAGGAAAAAAAAAAAAGAGGGCGAAUAAGGAAACCAAGCUGUGCUCUGUUCCUCACUGCUGCCUCGCUGGAUCCUCAUCCAGAGCUUCACAUCAUUUUCUGAAGAAAAAGAAAUAUUUUAAAUAGGCUGAGACGUAUUUUCUACCCUAUUGACAUCCUUUUUCUAGCGGAAUCGAACACGGGACUUAUUGUGCUCCUCGUUUGGAGGAUGGCUCAAAAUUUUUAAUGUUCAUUUCAGAUUGAAGCGGUUGAUGUUGUUGUUGUUUUCGCCCUGGUUUGCUGAAUGUUGUUGUUUUGUAGCAUCAGGUGAUCCAUUUGCAAUCCAAAUUAAACACCGAGUGGGAUUGAGGGUCUUCUGCCGAGGAGACAAAACCCGGUGGGGAUAAAUGGUGUUGGAGUUCUGGUGGUUUCUGAGGGAACUCUGCAGGGUUGCCAACGUUGAGGGAGGAAAGGAGCACAGCCCUUUUCGAUGCGUCGGUGCACUUACUCAAGUUCUAUGCAAUUCAGCUGUCCUCACUUUUGGACCGGCUCUCACCCUUCCUUGUUUCUCCUCCGACCAUUAGCCUUUGAAGCAAAGCAGGUGUUUUUUAUCAAUUCGUUUGUCUCCGGAACAAUCGUCGCGCGGGAGAUUUGUUUUUAACCAUGAACACGAAGACACAGACAGAAAAAAAAAAACUGGAACCGUGCCCCCGUAAUGUCUUAAAUUGUGGCAAUAAAUGUCAGGAUUUGCCCGAAACUUCUGCUGCUGAGGAAACAUGGUUCUCAUGGUCUUGUGCAGUCUGUUUGUGCACAUGAAAAACUAAACUACACACAAGGAAAUGUGUGUUUUGUGGAUCGUUUCUUUGUUGCGUUGAUGCUUCUUGAAAGCUUGAAUAUUUUACUUGUUAAUUCGUGAGGAACAUGCAUCUGUGGGAUGAGCAGCUGAGCUGGGUGAGGGAGUUUCAGCCAUGUUCAGCUGGAUGUUUCUUUGCUGCUGGGAUUGACUCGCCUUCAUGUUGUUUCUGAUGAUCGGAAAUGAUCAGGGAGUCAAAGGGUCAUCGAUGAAGAGCAGGGGUCAGAGGUCAGGGUUAAUAUUUACCAGUUAUUCCACUUCAUUCAAUUCAUCUGGAGCCACUUAACAUGAGGGUAAAACACAGAACGCAGAGUUCACGUAGUUUCUCUAAACACACAAAAACUGUUUCCUCAGUUUGAGUUCAAUUCGAAACAUUUUUUUCAGUUUUAGCUGUUUUGUGUGUGAUCUGUCGCUUCUGUUCCUUUUACCUGUGGUUUAAGAUGUUUUAGCAUCUUUAGCCAUUUUUUUCAAGCAAUUUAAUCUCUUUUAGCUGUUUUGAGUGUUUUUAGCUGUUUUAUUUUAAGCCUUUUUCACUCUCUUCGACAUUUUGACCAUUUUUUUCUUUUCCCCUUUUCUUGUGGUUUUAGCUAUUUUCAGUCAUUUUAGCUUUCUUAUCUUUUAAGUCAUUUCUAUCUCUUUGAGCUAUUUUAAGCAAUAUUUAUUUUAGCUGAUAAAAGCUGCUUGACUCAUUUAAACAUUUUGUCUGUUUUCUUCUUUUCAUCUUUUCCCAUGUUUAUCCAUUUUUAACUGUUACUGUUAUAUUUCUAAUCAGUAGUUUGUGGAAAAGAUGUGAAUUGUCCAGUAAACUGUCAUCAACAAAGAAAAGCCGUUUAUCAGAAAAAUGUGGCCAAACCAAAACCAAGAUACUCAGCUGUGCUGUUCAUCCCACAAAUGCAGGCUCCUGAUCAAUGUGGCACCAUAAUCAAAAUAAUCAGGCUUUAAAACAGAAUAAUACUCACUGCAAAGAAGCAUUAUUAUAUAAAAGAAAACAAGAAAAGAGAAGAUCUACCAAACACAAAGGUUCUUCAUUUUUUGUGCAGUUUAGUUACAGCUCAUUUGUUGAAUAAAAGCAAUCAAAUAAAUCAUCAAAACCAAAGGAUGCAGCGGCCAUCAAUGUGAUCAAUGCCAAUAACCUGAUAACUGCAUGUCAGAAUUUUGAACAUUUUAAAUGUAAUAAACUGAUAAUGUUUGAAUAACUUGCUAUUAAGAUAUUAUACUGUUGAUAUUAUUGAAUUAGCAAUAAAGAAUACUUUAAAAAUCAAUAACUGCAGCCAGUGAAGUAACAGCAUUUCACUUUUACACCUUUUGUGUAGUUUUCUUGUCAAAAAAAAUAAACAUAUAUUGCAGCACUAACAACUAUAGUUUACUGUUUCAUUACAUUAAUUUCAAAUCAUCACACUGUCGACUUUAUUACAUUUAAUGUGGCAAAAUGUAUUUGAUUAUUGGCUAUCAUAACAUUAUUGGUCGCUACAUUCCCUCAAAUCUCUCAAGCAAAACCAAAGGACGCAUCUUAAAAAGCUUCUCUUCACUUUAACAUGUUUUUAUUUGAUUUGAUUUGAUUUGAUUUGAGUGUGAGUUGUUUCUGAUUGAUUUCCUGCUGAGUCAGAACGGGCUGCGAACUCUGCUUCGUUUCUUUUCUCCUGAAUCUGGGCGAGAAGCGUCUGACUGUACAUAGAGGGCUGUCGGCAUGUGAUCGUACACCCCAGAGGCCUUUUUUCUUUUGGUGUAGGAUGCUCCAUUUGGCUGUGUGUCCAUUGAAUGAGCUCAGAAAGAAGUGAUGUUUUUUAGUCACCUCUUUGUAUUAUAACGUAUGUUCGGUUUGCUGGAUCAAAGAUUAAGUGCUACUUCAGUCUUGGAGUUUUACAGAUGCAGAAUGUUUAAAAUUCAAGCCUUUUGUUGUUUCAGCAUGCUUGAGGGGAGAAAAAGGAGCCAUGGGUCUUUUCUUUUCUUUUUAUAUAUAAAUAUAUAUAACAUAAUUAGAGUUUUCCCUGAAAAGCUGCAAUGCAGACUGCGCGCUAUGUUUUCAAUCAGAAACACUGUCUCUCCUAAUGACUAUUUAUGACAGACAAUGGCUUUUUUCACUGUUUUUAAUCAUUCUGUGUUCACCAAACACUGUGCUAUUGUCACCAUAUUUCACUUUCAUUACGUUUGCAGGAUUAUUUGACUUGUUUCAGGUCACUUUCUUGACCACACCAUAACAAAACUAAUGGAUUAUAUCAGACGAGAGCGAGGAGCGGCUUCACUCACUCAGAAAAUGUACUUUUAUCUUUAUGUUGAUAUAAAACCAGCUUGACUAGUAACAAAGAGCCAUUAUUUUAUUAGUACUGUACUAUUUAUGGACUGCAACAUCCAGGAGGAGCAAGUCCAGCAAGAAACCCGCAGUCUUUAUCUGUCCGUCACACUAACCAGCCGACCAAAGCAAGUGUCAGGAUCAGGGGUGUCAAACAUGAAGUCCGGGGGCCAAAAACAUUUGCGUUGGUAAAUCACCAUCAUUAGUGUUAAUAACAUGAAAACUGCAUUGUUUUUGUAAUUUCUAUGUACAGUGCAUUGGAAAUGCAAAAUUUUCCUGAAACUAAAACACAAAAAUGAUGAGUUUUCACAUGAAACGUCAUGCAAAUGGGGCCUUGUUACGUAUUAAUGUACACGUACAUACCAUCUGUGACCACCAGGCGUCACUGUAUGACAACAGAAAGCUGCUACAGUGCCACAAAAACUUACUAUACAACCGUAUUUCACAAAGAAAGUAAGCAAAUCACUGUCAAAAAUAAAAACCAACAAAGAAGAAUUUAAAAUGCCAAUUCUAGAAUAAACAUUAGAAAAUAGAAACAGAAUAGUGGAAAAGGGUCAGAGGAUGUGAGGGGAAAAGCAGAGAAACUGAUCAUGUAGUGAAUAAAACAGUGAAAGACAUUCAGAGCUGGAGGAACUAAUUCACAGACGUUUCAAGAACAGCAGUUACCGGAAUUUUGGUUGAAGGUGCACUUAAUAAAAGUGGCAGUGGAACUUAUUAAUGGUGUAUUUUUUGGCAGAUGCAACUCAUUUAUAGUGUGAUUAAUAGUUUGGAAAAUAUGCCAAUCAUAGGUUUUAUUUAAAAAAACAAAUAUUUUUCCAGCUCUUAAACUAGAAGAAAAAAAUGAUCCACUAUCAAGCUGUCAUUUUACUGGUGUUGCCAAAACCCAGAUGUUUCUGUAAGUGGCCCCUGAACUGGAGCGAGCUGGACACCCCUGGUCUACAGUAACGUGACAAAGAUGUAAAUCAAGCUAUGAACCCUACUAACUCUGGACAGAUGCAGUCUCUGUGGUUUGUUUUAUUUUAUUUUUUUUUUCCUUUUUUACCACACGUGUUAGUUUGCGGGUGGAGAAAAACAGUUGUUUUCCCAAGUCUGUCACUUGUGCAAACUGCUGGGUGUGUGUGUGUGUGUGUGUGUGUGUGUGUGUGUGUGUGUGUGUGUGUGUGUGUGAGAGAGUGUCUGUGUGUGUGUUUUCUCUCCACUCUCCCAUCACUCGCUGCAGGUUAAAGUCCACCUACAUCCUUCGCAACCCCUUCUUGUUGAAUGUAGCUUGACUGGAAGCAUCUUCUAAAGACCUUAAGAGUCGAAUUGAAGAAAAAUAAAGCUGAGCAAAAACAACAAAGACAUGUAGCUGUUAAAAACCCAGGGAUACAUGGCGUGCUGUUACUUCAUGGAGAACUUGGUAUGUUUUGCUUUACUUCCACAGGUUCUGAACCUGAACAACUUCCAGAUGUUAUGAGACCUAAAUGUAUGU